UGUGCCGCAUUCAUUCCGUCUCGUUGGGUUGUAAACCCCCUUUUUUACGAACCUAGGCGCGAUUGAGGUGUAAUUACGUAGUACAGUUCAAAGAACAAUUCGUCGCCAGUCACGCGUAGGAGAAAUUAUGGGCCGGAAAAAAUCCGAAGCGCCAAAGACAGUUCUGAUUUCCUCAGCUGCUCAUGUUUACAAGCGACUGGAGGAGCUGAAGACUGGAGGCUUGCAGGGUGAUCUUCACGAGCAGUUGAUUGAAAUCUUCGACAGUUCCGAUGGCCUUCACCAGGUUGCUGCAGUUAAACAGAUUGGAAAGUCCUUGCGGGACAUUAAGGAUCCCACGAGCAGAUUAUGCUGGCAACUGAUGGCAGACGUCCUGGCAAAGAUUCACGUUGCUGCCAACAUUGGGCAUCCGGUCAAGCGAGCCGCGUUCAGGGUCCUAGAAGAACACGCUGCUGACCCCGAGACCCUCGAUGCAAUGAUGCUUGCGUUGCUAGAAGUGUUAAACCAGCGAGAGCCUCAUCUUGAGCAACUCGUGCACGGCGUCGAGAACGUCUUGACCCUUCUUUCGACUUCGUUGGGAUUGAGAGUUGUGGAGCACUGCUUUGAAGAAGUGCUCGACUACCUCAAAGUACUCCUGGUCACGGGUGUCGGCAUCAUCAGCCACACUGAAGACACCCAAGUGAUCGGCGACUGUUAUCAGCUGCUGGCCAAGGUGGCAAAAGCGGUCGGUCUUGUGGUUCAGCUGGGUGCUGGCCAUCAAGAACUGCCGAAGUGGGCCGAAAACAUUUUCCCCCUUCUUCUUGAGCUGCUGAAGUCGAAUUCGUCCAUACUGACAUGCAAGCUAAGCACGGGCACGGUGUUGCCGCUCGUCCUCAAGGUCACGAAUGUCGGAGAUUUCCAGAAGAUGUUCCAUCCCUGGCCGGUGGAUUGGUUUGCCGGGUCGCCGUUGGCCGAGGUUUGCUUCCUGAGCGGGCUCGUCGGAAGCCUCACACCCGAAGAAGUUCUGCGAGGAUGCGGAGACAAAGGAACUGUUCUCGUCGACGUUUUACUCUAUCGAACAUUGUCUGUCCAUCGAAGGUCAGGAGAGCCGGCAUUUCUCCUCACGUGCGUAAAGACCGUGCUGCAGCUUGUAAAUCGCAUCUUGCAAAUGCUCAGAUCUGGUAGCCAGUUCGAGACGAUGAAGACUGUUCUCGUCGAAAGGUCGCGGGUUACCGACCCGUUGUUGGAAUUCGUCUGGUCCUACUGGGAGCAUUACAUCGACGCAGUGAGCCAGCAUGCGAGACUCGUUUUCAAGGGAGUGGUGAGCAUGAACGUGCUUCUCUCCGGAGAUGCAACGGAAGCAGAGCCUUUUCUGACGGAAAUGGUACUGUUUCUGAUGGACCUCCCAUGGCAUCGGAAGGGCAAGUACGACACGUUGGGUUACAUCGCCGAGCUCAUGGGCUGCGAGCGCCUGCUGAAGCUCAGGCCGCAGUUAGUCAGCGGACUCCUCUCGGCGGCUGAAGAGCCGGCCAUGUGCUCUUACGUAAAAGACCUGGUGCAGAAGCUCGGCCUCCUGCACAAGAGCGAAGUCUCCGCUGCCGAGUUUGAGCGUGCCUGGCUCGAUCCUUUUCUCGAGUCAACGCGGGAGCCCUUCAGGCAACUCUCGGUGCCCCUGUUUCAGCACGUGCUCCCCGCCCUGAUCACCGUUCACCCGGGCACGACACAGUUUGUGUUUGGGAAGCUUUCCGAAGGCGGGGGUGACUUUGUGCCGGCCAUUCUCAAGUGCCUGCUUUUGGACAGGCCGUUCAUCGAAGCCGGAGACUUGGAACGGUGGCGCAACGUCAUCGACCAGGGAAUGUGCCACAAGAACGUCCAGGUUCGGCUAGACACUCUUCAACUCCUUGUAGAUCAUCCAAAGUCCUGCGAACCCCCGAAACCCUUCUGCCUUGACGCUUUGCGCGGGUUCCUGCAUCUCAACACGGCUGUUCAGUUGCCUGCCUUCAGACAACAGAUGCUGGCUUCCCUUAAGAAGCUGGUGAACCGAAUUUAUGACAGCAACACACUGCUCAGAAGGCAACUGAGAAAAGGAGACCCGUCCAAGCCAAACCCAUUGGGGCUGGAGCUGUUUGAAGCACAUCAGGAGUUUAUUAGCUGGUUGCUGCGCACUGCCAUUGAUCAGCUGUACCCCGGGGCCAACUUCUGCCGCCGCUCCACGGCGGUGGAGAUCCUCUGCUUGCUUGCAACAACCCAGUGCACAAAAGGUGCUGGCUCUAAGCUGUUUCUACCCUGGACUCGGGAAUGUUUGACCACACUGCUCCAGUGUCUCAAGGACCCGUACGAAACCAACAAAUCCGCGGUGCUGCAGGUGUUGCAUUCUGUUCCGUUGGAACUGCACGAGUUUCACGACGAACUGCCCUUUGCAGAGUUCCUCAGCGCGGCAGUCGAACUGACCAGGAGCGCAAGGCCUCCGGACUCAGUGACCGCGGCAUACCUCCUGACCUUCUUGUCGGGUUUCAAGGUGGCGGGACCCGUCGUAUGGAAGCUGUCUCGGUUGCUGACGUCGGAGUUGGCACCGCAGACGUCAUGCUCUUUGCCACAAAUCCCACAACAAGCACCAGAUGUGUCGUCCGAAACGUCUGAAGCUCUGCAAGAAAUGUCUUCGGGAGCUUUGUCAGAAACGACUUUGAGGACACCUUUCAAAAGCCGAUGCUUGCAUCUCUUUUCGGAUGCCGCAUUCCGCAAGGACUGCGGUGACGACGGACUCCUUUGGAUGGCUAUUCUGCUCUUGUCUGAGCUGGAGUCCCAGCUGGAAGUGGCGAGGGGGAACCUGCUGGAGGCAUCUUCGAGUGGUCCGCUCUACGGGGUGAUGAUUUCGCUCAGGACGCUGCUGUGGAAGGUGUCCUGGAGGAAUCUGUCGACGUCCGACGUGAAGAUCUGGAAGACCGUCUUGGACUGUUCUGUGUCGUUGGCCUUUGGAGUGGCCGAAGUAGUGAGCCCCGUUGUCACCAAUGCAUCGCCGGAAGGGCAGCUGGACGUUCAGGGCGAUCCUGGCAUGUUGGAGCGGAUGCAAGCCGCCUUGCAGAAGGGGCUGGGCCGUAGGUUCGACGUCGUGCAAGGCGCACACAGAGAAGGCGGCACAGGAGUCACCGAGAUAGACGCUGUAAAGAGCACGGCCGUGGCAGCGCAGAUGCUGCUGCUGUGUGGAUGGCGCGCCCACCGGGAAGUGUCCCUCCUGUUUGGAGAGCUGUGCGAGGGCUGUCCGUUUGGCGACGUUUCGGACGAUUCCAAACAAUGCUUGCUGUCUGUCGACCAGGUGCUGAAGAUUGGGUCCUUCUUCAUGGAGCAGAUGUCUAGCAUCAGGCAUCGUGGUGCAUUUGAGCAGGCCUACACUGCUUUCCAGAAGCUAUGCCAAAUGCUCUGGAGAUGCAACCACCCAGAAUUGGCGAAGCUGCCGAUGACGUGGCUGAAGGACGUUGUGACCGUUGUGAGGGAAGGAGGCGUCAGUUCGACUCGCCGGAGUGCAGGAAUUCCAUACAUUGUUCAGGCUGUGCUGGUGUCAGAACCACAACUGUUUGGGUCUGCUGCUUUCCAGCAAUACAUGGCUGAGUUUUUGAAGCUCGCUGACCAGAACUCUUCAGCUGUGGAACCAAAGGUGCACGCCAUCAACGUGCUCAGGGCGCUGUUUCGGGAGGCACGACUGGGAGAUGUGGUCAUGCCGUACGUCGCGGACGGAGUCAGGGUGGCCGUCUUGGGCUUCGAGGCCAACGUCUGGGCCGUGAGGAAUGCUGCGACGCUCCUCUUUAGCACGCUGAUGACGCGGAUAUUCGGUGUCAACCGCAGCAGGGACGAACCUCAGCGCCGCAACUGCCUCACGGCGCACGUUUUCUUCCUCCGCUUCCCGUCGCUCUUCCACUUUCUCCUGGACCAGCUGAACCGAGCAGGCAACCACUUGCACCACCGGGUCCUCGGCUCAAGCAGGUUUCCCGUGCUGCUGCUCCUGUCUCGUCUCUUUCCCUCGGUGGUGGAGGGCGGCUUCCGGCUGGACGCGUUUGUGCCCCAUGUGGUCCGCUGCUCGCGCAGCCCCUCCUGGAAGGUGCGGGCGCUGGCAGCGCGCGCCGUCGUUCCCCUGGUGGCGCCCGCCGAGCGCAGGGAGUUCCUGCUCGGUGCCAUCCUUUCCCUACCCGGCGCAACAUGUCCUCCGGAGAACAACGCCGUCCAUGGGACCCUUCUUCAGGUCCUGCAAAUUGUGAACCACUCCAGGGACUUCUUUGCGGAGCAGGACUUUGUGGAUUCCGUCUGUUGCAGACUGGAGGAGAAAGUGUGGCUGGCCUCGGGAUGUAACCCAUGCCUUGCCACCAGGGCUGCCUACCUCAGCGUGGUACUGGCUUGCUCUCGUAGCCUCCUGGAAAAAUUUGCGUUGAGUCGCUCGAUCGCGUCGAAGUUGAUUCGGGCCGUCCUCCCCGACAUCACACCGACGCAACGGCACGCUGUGGCGACGUGCGAGGAGUUCUUCACGGCGACUGCGCACGAAGUUCUUCUUGAGCUCGGGCUUCAGCACCCCUCACUGUUUUCGCCGGAAGCGACGAGCUACUUCCAGUUCCUUUUGUGCGCCCUGUCAUCACGGUCACAAGAGGCCAGGUUCGUGACGCUGCAGUUUGUGAAGAGGGCGACCGUGCAGCGCAUCUGCGAUGCUUGUCUCCGGUGCGAGUCCAAAUUGUCGAGGACAGACGUUUGGAGGUCCUUCUCCACCCUGAUCGUCGAGACGGUGCAGGAAGGUCCCGGGAGGAAGCAGGAAAGCGCCGCUUCGUACUCUGAGGCUUGCGCAGUUCUGGCGAGCUUCAAGCAGCCGGACUAUGCUCUGCUUUGCUGGAGAGGCUGCCCAACACUUGAAAGUGUACUGGAGUUCCUUCUUGACCAGAUGGACACACUGACACUUGAGCACACCAAGCAGUCUUUACUGGAUCUGUCUUGCAACAUUGCUGAACAGAUGAUUCAUUCACAUAUUAUGGACGACGUCGUCGGAUUGCCCGAGAAGAUGGCUGUUCAGCGCUGGACACUGGAACUGCUGAACUGCUCUGAGCCAACUCAGGAUCUUGCAAUGCGCGUGACCGCCAGCAGAGGACUGGGGCUUCUCGUCAAAACCGUUGUAUCCGAGGGCAAGCAAGGUGGAAUCGCUGUCAGUUUCUGGAAGGCCCUCGUCAAUUUCCUCCAGGACGACGAAGUGGUGGUUCGGGAUAAUGCUGUGUCUGUUGUGUACAACCUCCUCGCAGCUCUGGGUGAUCCAGAGUUCCCACCAUCUUUGUUUUCUCGCCGGACACCGCUGGACGUCGCGCUUCGUCUGUUUGCGCGUCUGGGCAAUGUAGAGGUUGUGGUUCCCUGCUUGGUCGACUGGAUGCUGACGUGCCAAGACGUUUGUCAUGAAGCGGAGAGUGAUGAGCAGCCAUUUGAAAAGGGAGAGCUGAACACUUACGCUGAAGAAGUGACGCUGACUGAGCUGUGUAGCGGGUUGCUGAAAGUUUUGGCGACCCAAGUCCUGCCCGGAACUACUUUUGCCCGCCAAGAUUUCUCUUACCUGCCACCUGACCUAAAAAAUUUGGUGUCGGCAAGCGGCGUCACUCUAGAAGACAUCUACAGGUGCUGCGUUCAGCGGUCCAGCAGUGAAGCGAAUGAGGUGUUCAGCAGCAAGACCACGCUUUUGCUGAACAGGCACAUGGAUCCGCCACUGAUCCGUGUUUAUCAGCACGUCUGCGUUGCGGCGGCGCUGAAGGACUGUGUCGAUAGAGUUGUUGUUGCUGAAGUUUCGAGUUUAGCGAGCGGCGUGCAGGCAAAGCUGAAGCCAUGGUUAGGGCUGACGACCUUCCUCGCUAAGAUUGUGGAGAAAUUGUGACUGGAGAUGUGGCCUUCUGAGAUCCAACUCCGAUUUUAGGCAAAUUUAUUUUAACUUUCCAGUUUACGAGGAGACCUGACCUCUUGAACAUUCUUACAUUUAAAAAAUCUGCCUUUUAAGUGUUGCCAACAUUUUAUAGCGCUUUAGUAUUUGAACAUACAUUGUAGUAACUUUGUUGUGAAGCGAGCACUGUGGUCACUCGUUUUACGAUUUUAUUGACAAUCGGCUACAAGACCAAUAUCGGUCCCUGCCGUUUGAAGCCAGAUAUUGAUUAACGGUGGUAGCCUAGAAUCAUAAAUCAAUUCCCUUUACAUCAAUCAAGACUAUGCUUUCGGUAUUCUUCUACAAUAAAUUGCCAUAAAUUGCCACUGAACUGUGUCACCUAAUGUCACUGUUUUCUGUGUGAAGGAACUGUUAUGCCCCGACUUUAAGAAGCCUCCAGCUUGAUGAGACUAACAACAGAAACGUCUUCCCCCGAAUUGUUUUGCCAUUCUUCAGAAAUUCACAUUCAUACAAAAAUUCUGCAAAUUGUCUUGCCAUUCUUCCGAAAUUCACAUUCAUACAAAAAUUCUGACGGCAAAAAACAUGUGCUACAGAGAACUCUGCAAAUUGCGGAGCAAACAUUUUUAUUUUCUCAGAAACUUGAACAAACGGUUUGGUUUCUUACAAGACAGCUCUCUUUAUUGCAUAGCAACAAUCUGCACGACCAACAUGGCACACUGCCUUUUACAAGAGCACAACGAAUGCAUUGUCAGUUGCUGGGAGCCAAAAUCAUUCUCAGCCCCUCAUCCAACGGCAGAGCACAUUGGGAACCAAGAAAAAAAAAAACAAGAAGACAGGAUCACAAAUUACAUACUAUUUACAAUGAACCCCUCUUAUAUGUUUGUUCCUUUGGCAGUUUGUUGCAAAUGAAUGGUAGGCUGUACAAUAUCUUAUCAAUUUCUUCUUCAGUCUUCUUUUUUUUUUUAUGCAUCGAGGUUGUCAGAUGGUUUCAGGGUUCUGCAGUAUUUGCCUCCCGCCGUCAGUACUCGACAGGUUUAUCCCCCGGCACGCUGUUGACAAUCGGAGUCAUGUUUUUUUUUUCUGCUCCUCCACUUGAGAUGAAAAUGUGAUAUCUGUAAUGCUAGUUGUGCAGCAUGGUUAAACUACUAAAUAUCACAGGCCUUUAAGCCCAAAAUGGCAGCACAUUUUUGCACUCCGAGAUAUCACGUGGGGACUCAAACGUGUUCCACGAAUUGUUUGACGCUACAAGCCACCAAUGAGUUGUGCAUCAUUUGCAUCCAAAGCAACCAC